AUGUUGAAGUCGGUUACCAAGGGUCGGACGUCCCCUUUGCUCAGAAGCAGCUUCAUCGCGACACGACCAUCACUUUCACGAACUUUGGGAAUGGCACCCGCAAAUGCGCGGAGCAACAGCUCUGCCCUCCCACAAGGGUAUAAGGAGGAUCACUCGAAAGGACCUAUGUUACGGUUCGAAGAGUCCCUACCCAAGCUUCCCGUACCGACUCUCGAGGAAACAGCAGUUCGAUACUUGAAGUCUGUCCAUCCGCUACUCUCCAACUCUGAGCUUGCAACGACUACGAAAGCUGUCCAGGAAUUCAUAAAGCCCGGUGGGGUUGGUAACAAGCUUCAGGAGAAGUUAAUUGCCAGACGGGAAGACCCUAAGACCAAGAAUUGGAUCUACGAAUGGUGGAACGAUGCGGCAUACCUAUCAUACCGAGAUCCAGUCGUGCCUUAUGUUAGCUAUUUCUACUCAUACAGAGACGAUAGGCGGCGGAGAGAUCCUGCCAAGCGAGCUGCUGCGAUCACCACUGCGGCCCUGGAAUUCAAGAAGCAAGUCGACAAUGGUACACUGGAGCCUGAUUACAUGAAAAAGCUCCCAAUUUCCAUGGAAAGCUUACAAUGGAUGUUCAACUGUAGUCGAGUGCCUGCCAAACCAGCCGAUUACCCAGCCAAGUACUCUGCAGACGAGCACAAGUACAUUGUGGUAGUCCGCAAAAACCAGUUCUUCAAAGUCUACCAUGAGGUUGACGGCAAGCAACUGAAUACAUCUGAAUUGGAGCAGCAAUUCAAGUGUGUUUACCAGAAGGCGGAGAAGGUGCCAGCUGUUGGUGCUUUGACCUCUGAGAACCGUGAUGUCUGGACCGAUGCUCGCGAAAUUCUCCUCAACGCCCACCCCUCGAACGCCGCAUCCCUAAAGACUAUCGAGGCCUCUUCAUUCAUGUUCUGCUUAGAUGAUGCUAGCCCGGUCACCCUUGAGGAGCGAGCACACCAAUUCUGGCACGGAGAUGGCUGCAACAGGUGGUACGAUAAGCCUCUCCAGUUCAUCGUCAAUGACAAUGGCACAGCCGGGUUCAUGGGCGAGCAUUCCAUGAUGGACGGAACCCCAACCCAACGUAUCAACGACUACGUAAACGAAGUAAUCUUCAACAACAAGCUUGACUUCUCUGACCCUUCAAUCCGCUCCAACCUUCCCGAGCCCUCGGUUGUCAAAUUCCACGUCAAUAAAGAAGUCCAGUCCGAAAUCGAGCGAGCAACCAAGGACUUUACCGAAGUUAUCGGGGCGCACGAGCUGCGCGUACAAGCAUACCAAGGUUACGGCAAGGCAAUGAUCAAGAAGUUUAAGUGCUCCCCAGACGCUUACGUGCAAAUGGUCAUCCAACUCGCUUACUUCAAGAUGUACGGUAAGAACAGGCCGACAUACGAGUCCGCCGCCGUCCGCCGCUUCCAGCAAGGCCGAACUGAAACCUGCCGUUCGGUGUCUGACGAGUCGGUUGCGUUCUGCAAAGCCAUCACUGACCACUCGGUCGACAACGAGACUGCGAUCGCUGCGUUCCGUGCUGCACUUAAGGCACAUGUGGAAUACAUCACUGCUGCAUCUGAUGGCAAGGGCGUCGACAGGCAUCUAUUCGGCCUUAAGAAACUCGUUGGGCCCAAUGAGGAGCUUCCGGCUAUCUUCAAGGACCCGGCCUAUAGCUACUCGAGCAAGUGGUUUAUCUCGAGCAGUCAGCUGAGCUCGGAGUACUUUAAUGGGUAUGGAUGGAGUCAGGUUGUUGAUGAUGGGUGGGGAAUUGCUUAUAUGAUUAAUGAGAACAGCAUCCAAUUUAACGUCGUAUCCAAGGGUCUCGGUAGCGAAAGAAUGAGCUUCUACCUAAACGAGGCUUGUGGCGAUCUCAGAGACCUCUUGAUGCCUACGAUCGAGGCGCCAAAGGCCAAGCUGUAA